AAUGGAACGAUAAGACUAAAAAAAAUCUUAUUCGUAUUCCCCAAUGCUUCAUUGACUCGAUCACAACGCCGCAUGGGCGCAAAGCCUUCCCCUGCCACUCGGAUUUGCCUCCAUUUUUACCCCUUUUGAUGCUCUCUGAGUUCAUUUGAUUUAGCCCCUUCCCUGGCUGCUACUCAUGGCUUGCCUGAGUGACAACACCUGGGUCGCUCCCCUCUCCAAUCAACUCGCCGACUGUGCUUCUCUUCGGGAUAAAGAACAUGGCGGCGACAGCGACGGCGACGGUGACACACCCUCUUUUAUCUCUGCGGCUUCUCAACAGUUCAGGCUCGAGAGGGUCUUCCCCGUUUAUGCCAUGGGGUCUUCCAAGCCCCUUGCCGUCGUGGGUUCCGAUUUGGGUGACCCAAUUUGGGACGCUAUCAGGCAAGAGGCUAAGCUGGAUGCUGAGAUGGAACCAAUUUUAAGCAGCUUCUUAUAUGCCAGCAUCUUGUCACAUGAUUGUUUAGAGCAAGCAUUGAGUUUUGUUCUGUCCAAUAGGCUACAGAAUCCCACUCUCUUAGCUACUCAGUUAAUGGACAUAUUCUUUGAUGUUAUGAUGCAUGAUAGAACCAUUCAACAGGCCAUUCGCUUAGAUUUGCAGGCCUUUAAAGAACGGGAUCCUUCUUGUUUGUCUUAUAGUUCAGCGCUUUUGUAUCCUAAGGGUUACCAUUCUCUUCAGGUGCAUAGAGUGGCACAUGCUUUGUGGAGCCGAGGACGCACUGUGUUGGCUUUGGCAUUACAAAGCCGAGUUAGCGAGGUUUUUGCUGCCGACAUUCAUCCUGCUGCAAAAAUUGGAGAUGGAAUACUCUUGGAUCAUGGAACAGGUGUUGUUAUUGGUGAAACUGCUGUUGUGGGUAACCGAGUUUCAUUGAUGCAUGGUGUAACUUUGGGGGGCACUGGGAAAGAAGUUGGCGAUCGUCAUCCUAAGGUUGGUGACGGUGCACUAAUCGGAGCCUCGACUACCAUACUCGGAAACAUUAAGAUAGGCAAUGGGGCAAUGGUGGCUGCUGGUUCCCUUGUAUUAAAAGAUGUUGCCCCACACAGUAUGAUAGCUGGAAUUCCGGCCAAGGUGAUCGGGUAUGUCGAGGAGCAGGAUCCGUCUUUAACAAUGAAGCAUGAUGCUACCAAAGAUUUCUUUGAACAUGUUGCUGGUAGUAACUAUGGCCGAUAUCCUAGAGCCACUGGUCAGUGCCCCGAGACUAAGGAUAAUCGGCACUGAGAGCGUGCCUCCGCCCUCGUUUCAGCAUGCUGAUGACAACGUGCAAGUGGUAUUAUUACAAAGCUUGUUCUUUUAGAUUAACUUUUUACUUGCUAAGGUAAUAAGAUGAAAUAUAGUAGUAGGAGGUUGGGAGAUUAUGUUCUGAUGAGAUAUAUGAAUGUUUUUGUAUAAAUAAUUUAACUCCGGUACAAUUUUUUACAAUGGGGAAUGAAACAUUUCUUAUACAA